CGUGUAUCUCAUCGAAUCCCUAAAAUCUCAGAGCUCGAGGGAAAUGGCACUGAGGAACGCACUUCUUCGUCACCUGAGGGUUCCGGUCCAAAACCUAGCGGUGAGAGGUUCGAACCAAUCUCAAAUCGGGUUCCUUGGCUCGAUCCGUGCUUUCUCGUCGCACGAUGAUCACCUCAGCAAGCAGGAUGUCGUCGACAGAGUCCUCGACGUUGUCAAGAGCUUCCCUAAAGUCGAUCCCGCUAAGGUGACUCCUGAUGUUCAUUUCCAAAAGGAUUUGGGGUUAGAUAGUUUGGACACGGUGGAGAUAGUGAUGGCUAUUGAAGAGGAGUUCAAGCUUGAGAUCCCAGACAAAGAAGCUGACAAGAUAGACUCUUGCUCUCUUGCCAUUGAAUACGUUUUCAGUCAUCCUAUGUCUAGCUAAACACCUGUGUGCUAUCUCUCAUGUUUUUUGUUCUUUCCUGAUCAUGGGACUUCCAAAUAAAUUCAGUUCUGUUUUGAGAGGCAUUCUUGACUCUUUUAACAGCUUCAUUGAGAAUCCUUUUGGCUUUGAUUAUUUUGUAAUUCGACACUUUUUUUCGGAGUAAUUACAAUCUGUCUUUUAUUCAA